GGUGAUCCGCAUACACUCAGGUUGUUCAUGGGGACGAGACCUGAUGGCUGAACAAAGUCCUGAGCACGGAUUACUCAUUGAAGGAGUCCGUCUGCCUCUGUGCUGAAAGCAGCAGUGAUCUCAGAGGCCUUUCUCCUCAGUAUCACGCAGCAGAACUACAUGUUCUGAAAAAGCUGCUUUGCAUGGGGAGUCAGCGGUGGGGGGCACACUACAGAGGACCAUUAAUGAGCGGAUUCCAGAGGAUUCUCUCCUUCCCACAAACACCACAACACAUCCAUCUGUAGAGCAGUACAAAGGAGCGGUGGCGGUUAGGGAGAAGUUAAGGAGCGGCCUGAUGGAGUUUGUUCCGAACCAGAACCUGACCUCAGGAUCCCAGCCUGAGGUCAAAGCCUGGGAUUCAGCAGCACAGCCUGUCAUAGCUGUUAACAGAUCCAUUGUGGUUCUGGCCGCGUUGACCUUUGUCCUGCAGCUGUGCCUGGUUCUGUUCCUCCUGCUGAGAUGCUGGAGGCUGGACAGCAGAGCACGAGAGGCUCUGCAGCAGCCAGACUCUCUGAAAAAACCAAGCGAACACAAAUUCUUCCCUCCACACGUUUACAAACCGCCCACCUUCUCACAAUAUGACGAUCCUGCUGGAGCUCCAUGGCCCCCCCUCGUCCCUGCAGAGAAAGACCCCCCUGCUCAUUCUUUGUGUGCACAUCCCCCCCGCCACUGGGACCUCAUUCAGAGCGGAUGGUCUCCUGAUUCUAGAGUCUGGCUCUAAAUGUCUGACGACAUUUUUUGUUAAUGUAAAAAAAAAAAGUGUCAAAUAAACAAACGUUUAAUUGUUUUUUUUUAAGUGUAAAAAGAAUGUUUUUUUUUUCUUAUAUGUUCACUGAGAAAACCAAGAAAAACUUAUUGAAACUGAUAAACAAAACCACAUGUCAAGUCUAAGCUGCCUUCAGAUGGACUCUCCUCAGUCAUCCUUCAGGUUUCACUCCAAUAUUUCAUUUUCAGUGUUUCAAGCAUCAGUGUCCAGCAACACCGCUGUCUAUAAAUCAACACUUUUUAUCGACCUCUCUGCAGGUCCAGCAGGUUUCUCCUCCAGUUCUGUCUGGAUGCUGUUUGAAAUCGUCAGCUGUUCCACUUCUUCAUCAGCCAGACGCCAUACGGAGCUGAAUUAACAGACGUGUACUUCAGUAGAUGAGUAUGGAGUAUGAGUACGUUGGAUGUUUUUUAAACCAGCCCUGGUAGUGCUGUGUUACGAUGUGUCACUGAAGUGGAAGAUAUCGUCUGGCGCACGCGCUGCACAGCGCUUGCCUCUGUGCAGAGGGGCAUUUAUAAGUCACUGCUGCUCUCAGUGACUUUUACCGGUAUGUUUUUUUAACCAGCCCUGUUACCACCACAUUGCUGCCGUGUUACUGCCGUGUCACAGGCACUGUUUGAAAAGAAAAGUUCAGGUAUAUUAUAUUAAGUCUUUCUGUGUACCGUCUUUCUUUGUAAAUAUAUCAUGUGUUGAACCUU